AUGAACUCCAUCUUUACCGCAUGGGCCGGCUCGUCUGAUACUGUUGCCCAGGACCGGCCGGAGUUCAAGCAGAACGUGGUGGACUACCACGAAUUUCUGCGGGAGAACGACGUCACCCUGACCCACGCCCUGGUCAACCUACAGCGCAGUCGCACGCCGGCCGCGGCGGACAACCUGACCGGGGAUGUGGCGCUGACGGCGGUCCAGCAGACCGACGCCGGCCUGGUGGUCCGGGGCAGCCGGGUGCUGGCGACGCUGGGCCCGAUCUCGGACGAAUCGCCAUCUAUCCCGUUGGCCAGCCACCGCUGGCGGACGUACGAUUGGAAGCACUCCUUCUCGUUCUCCAUCCCGUGCGACACGCCGGGUGAAGUUCCUGUGCCGGCAGAGCCUGGACGUAGCCGGUCCCAUUUCGACCACCCGCUGGGGUCGCGCUUCGAGGAGAUGGACGCCGUCGUGUUCUUCGACGACGUCCUGGUGCCGUGGGAACGGGUCUUCCUGCUGGGCACGUGGAGCUGUGCAACAACUAUGGCAAGGGAACGCAGUCCAACGCCCACACUGGCUACCAGGUGCUGA